UUACACAAAGCUCUCUUCACUUCCAUUUUAGUAAAGAGUUUCAGAAACAGAGAUGGAAAUGGAAUUGUCCCAAUUGAAUAAACAAGAGAGCAACAAUCUCGACGUCGACGGCGUUAAAGGCGGAUUCACAGCGAUGGACCAGUUCGUCCCAAAUGAUUGGAACUUCGAUUACCUAUGUCUCAACAAUCCCCUCGAAGAAACCGACAACAUUGAUCAUCCUUCUUCCUCUUCGAUGAAUAUAAUAUCUCAGCCACCAACGUUGCUCCACCAACCACCGCAACCGUUGUCACCUCCUCCUUCUUUGCCUCUCUCCUCCGCUUUCGACUAUCGUUUUCUCGAGGAUAUGAUUGACUCCUCUUGUUAUCCUCCUCCAUUGAUUCUUCCGACUUCACAAGAGAACAACAUUUAUGCACCAUUGAUGGUGGAAAGCAAUAGCUUCGUGACAACCGGAGUGACUAACAAGAAAAAGAGUAACAGGAAGCUUGAAGGCCAACCUUCGAAGAACCUCAUGGCGGAGAGACGGCGGAGGAAACGGUUAAAUGACAGGCUCUCCAUGCUCCGAUCCAUUGUCCCCAAAAUCACCAAGAUGGAUAGGACAUCGAUACUAGGAGAUGCCAUAGAUUACAUGAAGGAGCUUUUAGACAAGAUUAACAUGUUGCAAGAAGUCGAACAAGAACUUGGAAGCAACUCUCAUCUAAAUAGCCUCAUUACAAACAAAUCUACGGUCAGAAACUCCCUAAAGUUUGAAGUGGACCAGAGGGAAGUUGAUACUCAUAUUAAUAUAUGUUGUUCUACUAAACCGGGGCUGCUUCUAUCAACAGUCAGUACAUUGGAGACUCUAGGCUUAGAGAUUCAACAAUGUGUCAUUAGCUGCUUCAGUGACUUCUCAUUGCAGGCUUCUUGUUCUGAGGUUGCUGAGCAGAGGGACUUCGUUACGUCGGAAGAUACUAAGCAAGCACUGAUCAGAAACGCAGGUUAUGGAGGAAAAUGUUUGUAAGAAAGUUUCCAUAAUUGCAAUGUUUUGAAUUUCGAAGGUGUGAAAAAGAAGUCAAUAUUAAU